AUGCAGCCAGCCGGGGCGCCACGGCUCCUCAGCAACGACGAUCACUCGUUGGCAACGCUGCGUCGUUACAAGAUCUUGAAGAGGGCGAAAGUCGUGUCACUCAAGAUGACCAUGCUUGUGGUACUUGGGUUCCUCGUUUGUUGGACGCCGUACUACAUCGUGAUGAUGGUGUUCAUCUUUUGGAAGCCUUCUGAUGAAGUGGCGUACCUAUUGAGCGAGUGCAUCUUCUUUUUCGGGAUGUCAAACAGUCUGGUGAACCCGUUGAUCUACGGCCUCUUCCACAUCUGGAAGAAGCCGAAGCAGCCGACCCCUAGCACCCGUCGUUGUCGCCACGUGCCACAGACGAGCCCACACCGGCUGACGUUCAACGACGGCCCGGGUCGACGGCAAGCCGACGGCAAUCGGUCGCAAACUGCCCGCUUCCGGCCGGCCGUCGUUCUGCCAACUUUCCGGUAA